AUGGAUAGCUUUUGCCGCGCGCAACGUUUAGUAAUAUCUUUGCGUGCUCGGCGUGCGGUCUAGCUUUCGGCGUUUCACGAACGUUUUGAAGCUUUGUGGAAUUUGUGUUAAUAUUUUAGGCUGGUUUCUUGGUUGCACGUGCAUGGUGUGUUGAAGGUGUUACUUGCAGAAUUCAUAAGCUAGGUUUUAUGAUUGAAUGAAAAGUAAAGAACAAGAAUUAGCUACUGUUGGAUCGAGAUGCUGCGCGAAUGGAUUCUGUGCGGGAAUGUUGGAAACGAUUGGCACGCUUGAUCUGCUCUUCCAGUGAUUUCAGUUGGAGGGAAGCGAGUAAACGUAAUUCGUUCGAAAGUAAUUGUGAGUCUAAUCAAAAGCUAUGUGUUGAAGAUUGAGCAACGAUCUCCUUAGUUCCAAGUUUCAAAAAGUGUUUUGAACAACAAAACUUGUGUAAAGGUUUGUGAUUUGUGGCACGAAUUCUCAGAAAACGAAAUCGAUCGGACUCAACUUUAUGAAUAAGUGAAAAAUGCGAGUUUUGAUCGUGUUUAAUGGAUGACUACCCUGGAAACGAUGUAGUGGUUCGUCGAUAUCCGGCUAGCAGUGAGUUUCUAUAACUUAAACCAGUGACAUUUCCUACAAUUCUCCAAAAAGUCAUCGCCGGCACACAUUCGUAAAGUGUCAUUUAGUGCAUUGGGUGUGAACAAUACCAUACACCCGCCGUUCUCGUACUGUAAUGACCUUUGAUGGUACGUUGAGCGAAAGCAAUCAAUCAUCCCUGCGGCGCAGCGAGAAUGCAUCCCGGGAGAAUAAUCCCUCGCACUCGUCAGCGGCCCACGUGAACCAUUCUGCCAUACUAACAUUCAACAAGCAACAGGCACCGCCGCCGCCGACGACGACGACGUCAGUCUCCGCCCAGGUCGGAUCAACUCCUAGGCCGGCUUAUCUGUACUACUGUUCGGACGAUUCCGAUACUGUUGCUGCUACUGCCGCGAACCGCGGCCAGUGUGACCAACCGAGGUCACCCCAUCUGCUGCUGCGGCAAGUGAAUUGGAAUUUUUACACUGAUUGCAAAGACGAUCACCAUCAGCCAAAUCCGAGAAGAGGUCCACCAACAACAAGCCAGCGCCCGUCACCACCACCAUCGUCGUCGUUUCCAUUGCUACCGCAGACGGAGGAGGCGCUGAAACUUCUGCGGGAAAUCGAUGGCAAUAUUGCCGCUGAGGCGCGAUUUGGCGAUAAUGGAUUCGGUGCCCGACUACUGGAUAACGACAAUUGUGGCAGCGGUGGUGCGGUCAACCGGGACGACAGUAUGUCCCAUUAUUUAAGAGAUGACCCACGUUCAGUGUUCUUCAACCAACAUCCGGGACCAAGCAAGGACAGUGACCCAAAAGCCAGCAGCAGCGUCGAAGAACCGACCCCUUCUACCUCGUCUGCCUUCGACAGCGGAAGCAUGUUGAAACGGCCAACCUUCGCAUCCAACACGCCGUCACUGAGUGGAUUUGGUAACAGCAAACCAAUCGCCAGCUCGUUGGGAGCGUCCAACAAUCUCUACCAGGGGCAACCUCCGAGGAUCAUCGGAAGUACCAGUGCCAAUUUCGGAGGGCCUACCGUAAUACACCACAAAAUAUCCAUCGAACCUCGGACUACUACGACGGCUACGGCGGACAGUUCAAAAAUCACAUUCAGGCCUUCGCCAACGAGUAGUACCGCAACGACGACCCCGACCUCGACGGCACCCGGUAGUGGGACCCAUCGACCGGUGGAAACGCAAAUGCCAAACAAUCGGAACAGUUCUAGUGGAGGCGGAAGUGUAGCUCCGGCGGUCGGAGGUGUCACAAAUCAUGCUGUAAAUAGUAGUAAUGUUAGUAACAACAGUGCGCCACCUCACGGUGGAAGUGUCGGGAAAAAUCACAACAACGGUGAAACGGGAGGAGGAAAAGUGACGCCUCGAUUUGCGGCCGUUACUCAGCAAUCGAUAGGAAGUGCCGCCGCGGGUGUCCAGUUGACCCUGUACGGUUGGCGGAAGAAAUGCCUUUACACAGUGAUACUGAUGCUGAUGAUAAUGAUUAUCAUUAAUCUUGCCCUUACGCUGUGGAUACUGAAAGUGAUGGAGUUCUCGUCGGACGGAAUGGGUCAGUUGAAGAUAGUUUCCGGUGGGAUCCAGCUGACCGGUCAGGCGCUGGUGUUGGACAUCUUGCGAGCUUCAUCGAUUCGGUCGAAACAUGGUCAACCAAUUUCAAUAGAAUCAUCACGAAAUUUCAGCAUCAACACGCGGGACUCGGAAGGCUAUCUGGAAAAUCAACUGUUCCUUGGUCACGACCGGUUAGAGGUUCUGGCGAACAACUUCCGAGUGACGGAUACUCACGGAACUUCCCUGUUUUCGGUGGAUCGAGACGAGGUUAGCAUCGGGGCCACUGCACUGCGGGUCGAAGGAGAAGGUGGUGUGAUCUUUAAGGAUUCUAUACAGACGCCUCUGGUGCGGGCGGAGGCGGGGAAAGAUUUGAAGUUAGAGUCCCCUACACGAUCUCUGGAAAUGCGGGCAACUCAGGAAAUAUUCGUGCAGUCCCGCGCCGGCAGCAUAGAAGCCAACUGUCUCAACGAUCUCAAACUACACUCAGUGGCCGGAAGUAUCCGACUGGACGCCACCAACAUUCUACUGCCGAACCUGAAAACCGUUCAACCUCUAUCAACUUCUGUGUCUUCUGGAUCGUUGUUGCGGGAACAUGGUGGUGGCGGUGGUGGUGGCAGUAGUGCCUCGUCUUCUUCCCUACCAUCACACAGUAAAAUCUAUCAGCUAUGCGCCUGCUCCAACGGUAAGCUGUUCCUUGCUCCGGCCCACAGCAUAUGCGCUACCGAUGACAGUGCCAUCUGCAGGUAAUAUUUGAUAUUGCUAGACCCUGCAGUUAGAGUUGCUGCUGUGCCGCAGUAGUAGUAGUAGCUUAGAAACGUUUCGCCUACAUCUAGCUAGCCAUGAACACUUUGACGGUGUUUGCGAUACAAUGAGAGGGUAGAUAAUUAUUCGAUUCGUGGCCUACUGAUCUAGGCGAUAGUAAACCAUCACUUUAAAAAGAUUUACGGCAGCGUCACAAAUGAACUCAAGUGUUCAUCUUUGACAGUUCGCUUGUACUGUUUACAUGGAAUUUCUUGCGAAUUGCUUCAAGCGAAUCUAGUCGUCCACAAAAAAAAAAUUCCAUGUGAACAGUACAAGUGAACUGUCAAGAAAAGUCAGGUUAACAGCGUCCGUAAAGAACCUAAUAGCAAACCAUCACAUCAAAAGGAUUUACGGCAGCGUCACAAAUUAACUCAAGUGUUCAGCUUUGACAGUUCGCUAGUACUGUUUACAUGAACCGUCGAUAAAAUUUGUUCAAGUCCAUGUCAUAUGUACUAGUGAACUGUCAUAAAAGUGAAGUUAACUGUGUCCGUAAAGAACCCUAUUGGUUCAAUGUUUCCCGUAUUGAUAAUUUACGGUGAUGCCAAAAAUGAACUCGAGUGUUUAUUUUUGACAGUUCGCUCGUACUGUGUUUACACGGACUUAGAAAAAUUCCUUGCGAUUUCCUUCGAGCUAAUCUAGUCGUCUAUAAAAAUUUUCUUAGUCCAUGUAAACAGUACUAGUGAGCUAUCAAGAAAAGUGAGGUUAACUGAGUCAGUAAAGAACUUAAUGGCGGCAAAAGCUUCUAAUGUGUUGAUCGGAUGAUUAUAAGCAGAGUAAACAGAUACAAAUUUUCCCCUGAAUGUGUUCCCCCGUAAAACGGAGGCACUUCACCAUUGCCUAACACGUUAGAAACUGAAUAUUAUCGGUUCAUGAUUAUCGAACCGGAAAAAAACAAAACGUUACCGAAUCCGAUUGAGUUUAUCACAAGUUGAGACAAUGUGUUAGAUGAGUGCGAUUGCAACAACAAAAAAACUAGUUUUAUAUUACGCCCAAGCAAUGCCAUCAGACUAAUCAAAAAAUGAUCUAUAAGUUGCAUUUCGGCGUGGUUCCCUAUCCUUAGCAGCUUAUUUAGUAGAAGCAAAACCCGAAAGAAGGCGGUAGAGUAGAACUCAACAUUAUCAAAUUGACCAUUGAACAGUAAACCGGUCGAGAAGUACCGAAGUUUAUUCGCGAGCGAAAAAUAGCCAAACGCUAGAAUCAAGGUAAAUAAAUUAAAUAAAUCUACUGCUAAAUGAAUUAAACCAUUAGCAAAAUCUCCAGUUCUAACGAUAAGGUCAGCGUCGAAAAAAGGCAAGUCUACUUUCUGGAAGUUGUUGAAAGAGGUUUAGUUUUACAUAAAAAUAUACAUAUCAUAUACAAUAGCGAGGGGAGAUAAUAAUAAAUAUAGAAACUUA